CAUGAUUCCCUGUCCAAAACCUUGCAUCGUGGUCGUGCUUGGUCCCGAGGUUCGAGCCCCGGCAGCAACAGCGCUGCCGAGGAGGCACUAUCGCAAGCGCGGGCAAGACAAAGUGCAUGCCAAAUCCCGGCACGAAACAGAACGCGUGAGUCUUUAACGUCAGAUUGCCAACUUGCACGCGCUGCUGGUCGAUGCGCGCAAGCACCACACGGGGCCAUUGUCAUGGCAGGAUGUGCGUAUCGCGCUGCGGGACGGAUUAAUUGAAGCGCCGUUGACUCAUGCAGCGUUGGGUCGUCGUGUGGCCAAGCAAAAAGCGUUGAUCGAUGCGAUGCAUCGUUGGGUGAUGGCAUGCAUGGCAUCUGUCCACCAAACCCGUUACAGGGCCGACAGAAUCGUGGCACAACGUCACGUUUUUUGCCGACUCGAGUCGCACUCUUGGCAUGCAAUGGAUCCUGCAUCAGCUGCUGGCGCGAGCCGACCGUGUUUUUCAAGACUCGUCGUGCCAUUGGGACAACGGCAUGGAUGUCGAAGCGACUGUGGCGAUGUCCGACGGCCCCGAUGCCGCAAACGAAAACGUCGUCAUUCAAGUGCGAGGCCACGUCAUCCUGGCAUGCUCGCUGGCGCGCGCCACGGAGAUGGCCUAGUUUGACGAUCCAUCCAUCAAUACGCAUUGCAAGCUCCUCCACGGCAGUGACAACAUCCUGUACAUGUUCGAAGACGGCAGCCACCCCCUCAUGCACCUCGUCGGGUAUGUUUUGUACGGACGGCUCGUGCCGCCGACCCGUGCGGUGCACGUCAGCCGAAGCAUUUUGAGCGACUCGAUGUAUCCUCUUACGGAAGAUCAGUGGACCGCGUCGACCUUUGGUUGACUGGUACGGCCGUUUAAAUGGACGGACAGGACGCAUUCAAGCGUCAUUGACCGUUGGUUGGUAGGGUGCUCUUGGAGCCCGUGGACAACGGCCACACUCGAAUGCGAUACGUCAUGCGAGCCGACUCGCCCAUGCACCCUACCAAGGGCACGGGGCCAUGUAGCCACUUUGGCCUGGACCCGACCAACCCAACGCCCAAAUGGAGCAUGCAGUGCAUGAUGGAACGCCUCCAUCGGACGAUUCAAAGGCAGGGUUACGCCAAUCUCACCCGGGAGACGUGCCCCACGUCAGUGUAGUUGUAAGCGAAACAUGCGCGUAUUUGACGCGCGAACGAGGGCCGCCAGGUGCAAUCCAACACCCAAACGAGCGCCGCGCGCAGACGGUCAGGAAAUUCGCCGCGUCGACAUAACUUGCCGGUAAUUUCGAUUGCUUCGCGGCCUUGCACCAACGAAAAAGAGGUUACGUCAAGCGCUGCAAGUCGUGGAAUUACGGCCUGACUGAUAAGCAUGAUAAGAAUCACGAGGACUGACGGGGGUGACCAUGA